AUGGAUCAGUUGCAGGAAAACAAAAGCAGUCUCACUUUCCGGACGAGUAAACGUCUUGCCCUUCUCAAAAAAGCCUUCCAGGAGCCUGGCAAUGACGAGAAGGAGCAGGUGCCACGCUGUACCUGGGCUAUUUUACUGGUCUGCGAGAUGGAAUUCCUUGAGGAAUAUAUAUGGUUGUACGCAGCUUACGGCCACAAGUACCGUGAAUCUUUUAGUGAAAUGGACCUUCUGAGAGGGUGGACCAAUACUGGAGAGCUAUCCAUGGCAAAUAUCUAUGACGGCUCAGUGGAUGAAAAGAACAACACCAUAGAAUCAGACAGCGACGAUGAUUUGAGCUCCACUAUCAUGGCCAAAGUCCGAGAAAGAGACGCCGACAAAUGUGUUAUUACAUCUCACUCAACUUCUAUGCUUUGUGAUAUCUGUCCAAGCCACCCACUUCCAGGAUUUGGUUGUAAUUUUUGUUGGUUCGACCUUCUCGGAUGGUGGAGAUUUGAGACAAGACAGAGAUGGAAGCUGCCAUUGUUUCCCAAUCAUCCACAUAUUGAGGCGGUAGAGACUAUUCAGAAUUAUAUCUUAUUGAGUCCGGUACUGCGAAAGUAUUGGGAAUGGGGCGACUUUGUGCUCCGACCCCAUCCAGACCAUAGGGAGCGUCUCAGGGAACUUCAGGUGCAAAUUUUCUGGUUACCUUUGCAGGAUCAUUGCUGGAGCGACAAAAUCUGUGUUUUCAGCAAGCCCCCUCGCAUCAGAAAGGGGACCACGGUCAAAUUGGUUGGAUUGGAAUCGGAGGAACUCAAGGAUUUGAAAUCUGGGGAUUGGAUCACUCUGACAACUCCUGAUCCGGAGAGACUGCCACUGCCGAGCUGGGAUCUUCUGGAGUUGCGGUUCAUUAUGACGAUUUUUGCUCGAUUUGCGGGAAAGGGCGUGCCAGAGGAGGGAUGCAACAAGGAUAAAUAG